AUGAUCUGGAAUACUUUUCUACAACUGGUCGUCCUUGUGCUAGGCACCCUUCAAGCAGUCUGGGGUUUCCCCACUGUCGAAGUUGAACGCGAUGAGCCCCAGGCCUCAGACCGAUAUGUCUUUGCCCACUUCAUGGUCGGGAUCGUCGAGAACUACCAAGUCGAGGACUGGAUCGCCGACAUGCAAGCGGCGCAAGCGAUCGGCAUCGACGCCUUCGCGCUCAACUGCGCCAGCAUCGACAAGUACACCCCAACCCAACUGGCGCUGGCCUACCAGGCGGCGCAGCAGGUCGGCUUCAAGGUCUUCAUCUCCUUCGACUUCGCGUACUGGACGAACGGCGACACGGCCAAGAUCACCGCCUACAUGCAGCAGUACGCCAGCCACCCGGCGCAGAUGCAGUACCGGGGCGGCGCGGUGGUGAGCACCUUCGUGGGCGACAGCUUCAACUGGGGCCCCGUGAAGCAGGGCACCUCGCAUGCGAUCCACGCGCUCCCGAACCUGCAGGAUCCGGCCGAGGCGUCCAGCAACCGGGCGCGGGCCGCGGACGGCGCGUUCUCGUGGUACGCCUGGCCCACCGACGGCGGCAAUAGCAUCAUCAGGGGUCCAAUGACGACGAUCUGGGAUGAUCGGUACGUCAAGGACUUGGCCGGGACGACUUAUAUGGCGCCCGUCUCGCCCUGGUUCGCCACCCACUUCAACAGCAAGAAUUGGGUCUUCAUCUGCGAGAACCUGCCGACCCUUCGGUGGGAGCAGAUGCUGACUCUCCGGCCCAGUUUGGUCGAGAUCAUCUCGUGGAAUGUUAUAGACUACGGCGAAUCGCACUACAUCGGGCCCUACGCCGCCAACCACAGCGACGACGGGUCCUCCAAGUGGGCCAAGGGCAUGCCGCACGACGCCUGGCGGGACCUGUACCAGCCCUACAUCGCGGCGUACAAGUCCGGGGCCGCCACCCCGCGGAUCGAGAAGGACAGCCUGGUGUACUGGUACCGGCCCACGCCGAAGGGGGUCUCGUGCCCAGAGGACAACCUCGGACCCCCGAACGGGAUCUCUAUGCUCGGGGACAGUAUUUUCGUGGCGACCAUGCUGACGAGCCCCGCGACGCUGACGGUGACCAGUGGGCCGAAUGGCCCCGUGCGCAUCGAGGUGCCCGCGGGGAUCGUGACGUCGAACGUCUCGAUGGGGGUGGGCCCGCAGACGUUCACCGUCAGUCGCAAUGGGCAGACGAUUCUGAGUGGGCAGGGCGGGUUGGCGGUGCAGGGCCAGUGCAACAAGUAUUACAACUUCAACGUGUAUGUGGGGAAGGUUGCGGGGGUUUAA